CUCUGGACGGCCUUCACGCCUAGCCUGGAGGGCGAGGUCACUUGCCUCCACUUCGUACACUUACAUGUCGACCUUCGCUUCCGUGUCGCUCGUUGUUGCGCGGCUGUAAUAUCGACGGGUGUUUGCUUAAUCGACGCUUCGCGCCACAUCUCGCCGCUGGACUGGACGCGUUGGUGGACCCUGCCAGCUGAACUAUUAAAAGACCGGAGUGAGAGACAGACUAUUGGGAGGAGAAAAGAGCAGGAGAGACAGCGCCGCCCGCGGCACACACAUCCACACAUACACCGCCCACGAUGCGGUUACGGAGCACGCUCGGCGCGUGCCUCGCAUCGCUGCUCGCCGUCGCCACGGCAUCGUCGUCGGCGCGAGACCCGCUGCAGCGCAUCGGGCUCGCAAAGAACGCCGACAUCCUCACGCCCAACCACAGAGUGACGGCGCUCUCGUCCUUCGACCUCGCCUUCGACUUCACCACCACCUCGCAGCGCAUCCGCCUCAGCCUCGAGCCCAACCACGACCUCUUCCCCGACGGCGCCAAGAUCAGCUACCUCGAUGCCGACGGCCAGGUGCACGCCGAGGAGCCCGUCGACCGGCUGCAGCACAAGAUCUACAAGGGGACGGCGUGGCUGAAGAGGGGCGCACGAUGGGACCGCGCGGGCUGGGCGAGGAUAGAUGUCAGGAGGGACGGCCUGGACCCUGUGUUCGAGGGCACCUUUACGAUUGACCACGACCACCACCACGUGCUGGUCGGCGAGAACUAUGUCAGCACCAUGGUCAGGGGGGACCCGGAGUUGGAUCUGGGGUCGGGCGAGGAGAAAAUGGUCGUCUUUCGGGACAGCGAUAUGGGAAGGGUCGAAGAGCAUUCAGAGCUGAGGAGGAGGGAUGCCGGGCCGGCGUGUGUGAGCGACGAGCUCAAGUUCAACACGCACGAGGACCACCCGGUGUAUGCGGCCAUGCGCGCGAGGAGUGCAGAGGAGAAUUUCUUCGCCAUGCCCUUUUCGGCGAUGCUGGGGAAGAGGCAGUCUGACAUUCCUGGUGGUGGCAACGGCGCGGGUGUCAACCUCGUCUCGUCGAUUGGGAGCACGGCGGGGUGCCCGACCACGCGCAAGGUCGCGCUUGUCGGCGUUGCGACGGACUGCACGUACAUCAAGGCCUUCAGCUCGGAUAAGACCAAGACGAGGGACAAUAUCAUCAAGCAGAUGAACUCGGCGUCGGAGCUUUUCGAGUCGACUUUCAAUAUCUCGCUGGGUCUGGCAAACGUCGUUAUCACGGAUCCCUCGUGCCCGACUACCGAGCAGACGGCCACGCCCUGGAACCAAGACUGCUCGGCCAGCGUGGAUAUCCAGAAGCGAUUGAACCUCUUCUCCGCGUGGCGAGGCGGCCAGAACGACGGAUUCAGCCACUGGACCCUGCUCUCGACCUGCAACACCGGCUCAGCCGUUGGCCUGGCCUGGCUCGGACAGGCCUGCGUGGCGGGCUCGCAGGCCAACGGCGGGCAGAAUGAGACUGUCAGUGGCGCCAACGUCGUCAUCCGCACAUCCACAGAAUGGCAAGUCAUCGCCCACGAAACCGGCCACACCUUCGGCGCCGUCCACGACUGCACCUCCGACACCUGCCAGAACCAAAAUGCCGUGAGCGCCUCGCAGUGCUGCCCGCUCUCCGCCAGCACCUGUGACGCCGGCGAGCAGUUCAUCAUGAACCCGUCCACCGCGCAGGGCAUCACGCGCUUCUCCGCCUGCUCCAUCGGCAACAUCUGCUCCGCCCUGGGCCGCACCUCGGUCAAGUCGACCUGCCUCUCCAACAACCGCAACGUCAACCUCACGACGACUCAGACCUGCGGCAACGGCAUCGUCGAGGGCGACGAGCAGUGCGACUGCGGCGGCGAAUCCUGCGGCGACAACGCGUGCUGCGACGCGUCGACGUGCAAGUUCAAGAGCAACGCCGUCUGCGACGACUCCAACGAGGACUGCUGCCGGGGCUGCCAGUUCGCGUCGGCGUCGACCGUCUGCCGCGCCUCCAACGGACAGUGCGAUCCCCAGGAGAAGUGCACAGGGGAUUCGCCCUAUUGUCCUGAAGACAAAACGCAGCCUGAUGGCACGGACUGUGGGGGUGGCUUGAAGUGUGCCUCUGGGCAGUGCACCAGCCGCGAUCAGCAGUGCAAGACUAUCAUGGGGAGUUAUACCCAGGGCAACGACACGUAUGCGUGCGAUAAUAGUAAUUGCAUGUUGAGCUGUGCGAGCCCCGAGUUUGGGAAUACGUGCUAUGGACUACAACAAAACUUCCUCGACGGAACGAGCUGCGUCGGUGGAGGGAAGUGCCAGAAUGGCCAGUGCACGGGCGGCUCCGUCGGCAACGAAGUCAAAGACUGGAUCCUCACACACAAACCCCUCGUCAUCGGGCUGGCCGCGGGUAUCGGCGGCCUCAUCCUGCUCUCCAUCCUCGGCUGCUGCUGGCGCUGCGUCAAGCGCCGCCGUCUGCAGAAGAAAUACGCUGCGGGGCCGCCGGUGGCGCCCUACUACGCUGGUGGGCCCGGAGGAAGGAGUGGGAGCGGCGGAAGCAGGAGUCGAAGCAGAGGCGGACCCAGCGGAGCCAUGCAGCAAGUCCCACCGCCACCCCCGACGUGGGCGCCUCAGACGGCGCCGCAGUGGGCGCCGCAGACGGGCCAUGCACCCCACGGCGCUGCUGGGGGACCGGUGCCGCCGCCGCCGUUGUUCCGCAGCGGGAGUGUGCGGUAUGCAUAGGCUCGCCCGCCCAUCGUUUUGGGUUUUCGUUUGUUUGUUUGUUUGUGCGUUUGUUUGUUGUAAGAGCAUUGGGAUGGACAUUCACUCACGGCCGGAGGCGUUUCAAUUUGACUGGGAUUGCAUGAGCAUGGCGUUCUGGAACACCGAAAGAAGAGAAGAUGUCUCGUUUGUUGGGUGGCAUGCGAGAAAGGAUGGGACGGGAUGGGAGCGGAUACCACCAGUGUGGCUGUUGUAUAUCCAAGCAUGUGCAAGACGUAUAUACACUCGCGAAUUCAGCGUACGAUGUUCUCAAA